AUGAUUUGUCAAAAUCUUGAAAAAUAUAUAAAAUUUGAGUGGUUCCAAAAUUGGAAAAUUUUGAGAAUAAGGAAGAGAAAAAGAGAAGGUUAUAAAAUAAGUUGAACCGAGUAAAGAAGUCAAUCUUAAUAAUUUCAAGAUCUAUUUAAUAGGAAAGGAAGGAGAGCUAUCAAUAUUUGAAGAAAAACUCCAUUUCUAGAGGAGAGAAGAAUAUAUAUACUUAAAAGGAAAUUAAUGGUAUNUUCCAACAUAAAUCUUGAACCCAAAGAAUACAUGGAAGUACAAUAUUUUAUAUAUUUUAGAAAUCCUGAAGAAUUCGAUAAAUAAGUACUUGAAUUAGCAGAGAAAUUUUAGAUUAACUUCAAAAAAUAUGAAGAUAAGGCUACAUAAGAAGUUAUCAAUGCCGGUCCCAAAUUUUGA